UGGGGCCUGCACCGCUGUCCUCCCAGCCCCGGGAUCUGACCAGAAGGGGUAGGUGCAGUGCUGUUUCCAACUGCUCUCCGGACACAGAACUCCAGCCAUGAAGGCCGCAAGCAUCUUCCUUCUCAGUGCCUUGGUCCUGUUGAGCCUAUCUGGUAACACUAGAGCUGACUUCCUGGGGAGAGAGGCUAACUGUAACAAAGAAAUGACUAGAUGUUCCAAGAUCUAUAAGCCUGUGUGUGGGACUGAUGGAAAUACUUAUUCUAAUGAAUGCAUGUUAUGUAUUGAAAAUCAGAGGCGCCAGGUUGCUGUCCGCAUCAAACAAUCUGGACCUUGCUGAAAAGCAAGGCUCUGGAAUCCCGUGGCGUCCCCACGGCGCCCAGCUGGCCUGAGUAGUAAAUAAAAUGCAUAUAAGCUCC